ACUUUUGUUUGUGGAAUCUUCUACUUCGCCCUCGGUAUUUCCCCUCCGUGCCUUUGCCCGGGUAAAAUGCAUGGUACCCAGCGCACUGCUCCCAUUGCCAGAUGGGGGGCGGUGUACUGAAUGCUCUGGAUCAAACAUGUUAUGUUGAUGCUGAAAAGAAAAUUGAUAACGAUUUUGGUUUACAUGCAAGUAAUAACAACCAAUUUCAAAAAGAAAUAAGAACAAUGUUUCUCAAUGGAGUUAACUCUUACCAUCUGGACAACCAAAUUUUCAGGGAGUGCGACUUAGCCAAUCCGAUUGUUGAAGUGCUCGAUCACGUGACAACUCUGCCAACACUCAACCGUGGUAGGUGUAUCUGAUAACAUAUUUAGCCAAUGAAAUGAAAGUGCGCCAGUUUUUAAUUUUUGGGUUGUCUUGGACGUUUAAUUGACAAACAGUUAGCCUACUAGCUCGAUCUGGCGGCUUUAUGAAUUCACUGGAAAGAAAACUUUUGACAAAGGUUUAUGCUAGAGAAACUAAAAAAUCAUGUUUAAAAUUGAUAAAAUGGUUGCAAAUGAUUGGCUUGCUGAAACGCAAAAUUAAAUGCAAGAACUGUGGGCAUAAAAUGAACAUGGUUGCCUCCCAGACCAAGGAUUAUGUCAUCUGGGAGUGUCGACGUAAAAGAUGUGGACGGUUGAAAAGAAGUGUUAGGUCAAAGUCACUCUUCUCACAAUCACACUGCAGUCUAUUCACAUGGAUGAAGUACAUACAUAGAUUCGCACAGGGUUUACAUCUACGGCAAGUAGACAUGCUUCAAGAUGGCAUUGCAAAGAGCACAGCAACACUUUCUAUGAUGUCAAAGAAACUCAGAAGAAUUUGUGUAAAAAGCCUGGAAAAGCACAGAAAGAAAAAGAGGCAAAAAGUUGGUGGAGUUAAUGUCAUAGUUCACAUUGAUGAGAGCAAGUUCUGCCAUAAACGCAAGUAUGCAAGAGGACGCUUUGGUAACACCUGGAAGAGAAAGAGAAUAUGGGUUUUUGGUAUACUUGAAAUCAAAGCUGCAAGCAGACGUCCAAUUCUUCGCCUUGUGAAAAAAAGAAACAAGGAAACCCUUGUUCCAAUCAUCAAAAAACAUGUAAAAAGAGAAAGUCUUGUAGUGAGUGAUGAGUGGAGAGCAUACACCAGCCUUUCUCAGGAGGGCUACAAGCAUGUGAGAGUCAACCACAGCCAGAAUUAUGUAGAUCCUCAAACAGGACUACACACUCAAAACAUUGAGAGAGCGUGGCAGACAUAUAAGAGGGAAAUUUGGCGUAUGCGGGGGAAUCGGUCUGAGAAGGCCUUAAAAAAACAGCUCUGCUUCAUUGAGUGGACUUACUGGUUAGCCAGAAGACAUAAACAUGGUGUACUUGGAAGACUUCUCAAGGACAUAAGGAAUGUAAGUAACCACAGAUCAGUUUAAGACCCCCUUACUAUCAUGAAAGGCAGAAUUAAUUAAUUUUUAUUUUCAUAUUUUACAUAUUUUUUGUUAUUUUAUUUUAUUAUUUUUAUUAUUUAUUUUAUUUUGCUUUGGUGUUGUUGGCCUAGGGACAAUAAAUUUGAAUUGAAGUUUUUUUUUUUUUUCCCCUACAGUUCAUCCAAUAACACUGCAUAGUAAAGACUUUCAUUAAUUGUAGUGGUGGCAGUGCAGUGCAGCAUGUUAGUUAGUUUGUUUGUUUUUUCAUUUCAUUUUUGCUACACAUAAUCACAGUUCAGAUCUGAUAGCCUUAUGAUAAGCCUCUCCUUCUUUUUGUAUGUGAAAUCAAACCUAUGAGAUUUUGUACACAUUAUUUGUAGUUCUGCAAUGUCUCUUUAGACACAAUGUAAUCUUCACCACAUUAAUAAUUAAUAAUUAACAAAAAUAAACAUUCUAUAAAGUUAUGCAGUGGAUAAAAGUGCAGAGCUGAGGGUGAAGUUACGCUCUAAACAUUAUUUGUGUUUGU